UCUCGGUUAACAAAGGCGGCCCAACCAGGCCCGCCCCCUUAUGAAUAGUUAUGAAGUCUCCGGCCAAUCACCGACCGGAGCGCUGUUCGGCUUUCGGAAGUCACGGCGUGUGCGCAGAAAAUCAGGGGACGGUGGAGCGUACGCGGGGCUACCACUGCGCAUGAGUCGGAAGGCUGGCACGGGGUCCAGGCGCCUGCGCAGCCUGGGCUGUCCCAGCAUCCUCCAGCGCAAGAUGGCGUCGCGGGGAUCCAUACCCGAGGCUUUCUGAGGGAACGUCGAGUGACCGCGUCCGCGGCUGGGUUCCAGCCCCGCGUUGCUCCACGAGAAAUCAGGCUGAGCCCGGGAGGGUGCGAUGGCCGCUGUGGUGGCCAAGCGGGAAGGGCCGCCGUUCAUCAGCGAGGCCGCUGUGCGGGGCAACGCCGCCGUCCUGGAUUACUGCCGGACCUCGGUGUCGGCUCUGUCGGGGGCCACGGCCGGCAUCCUCGGCCUCACCGGCCUCUACGGCUUCAUCUUCUACCUGCUCGCCUCCAUCUUGCUCUCCCUGCUUUUAAUUCUCAAGGCGGGAAGGAGGUGGAACAAAUAUUUUAAGUCGCGAAGACCUCUCUUUACAGGGGGCCUCAUCGGAGGCCUCUUCACCUACGUCCUGUUCUGGACAUUUCUCUACGGCAUGGUGCACGUCUACUGAAACGGGGGCAGGGAUGACUUUUUUAAAAAAAAACAGAUCGGGAGGACUGUUGCCAGAAAUUAACACCGGGUAGAUUUACCUAGUUUUUAAAUUGUUGGAAUCGCUGCUUGUUCUGUAACGUUAUAAAUAAUUUAUAUCUGAAGACGAAGAGCCUGUACAGUUCUUCAGAUUAAAUGAAGCGUGAGACCCUU